AUGAAAAAUCCUACUGCAUUUGUUAUUGAAUCUUGUUUUCACUCUGAUAGUUUUGGUGAGAUUGUAGGUGAUCACAAAGGAGAAGUUCUGCAGGAGGAUUCUUUGGAGAGAUGUCUAAUGGAGUCGAGCACAACAGAAGAUGAAGACUCAUGCUUGAGAGAAGAAGCUGAAGCAUUAGAGAAGGAAUCUUUGACUGAUAGUAAUAUGGAGCUAAAGGAGGAUUUGCAUAAAACUCCUAAUGACGCUCCUAAACUUGAACUUAAACCUCUUCCUUCACAUUUAAAAUAUGCUUUUCUAGAUAAAGAUGCUUACCCAGUGAUUAUUUCUGCAUCUUUGAUAGAUUUGGAGAAGAAGUCACUACUAGACAUUUUGAGGAAGCACAAGAAGGCUAUUGGAUGGACAAUUGCUGAUAUCAAGGGAAUAAGCCUUUCCAUCUGCAUGCAUAAGAUCCUCAUGGAAGAGAAUUUCAAGCCAACAAUACAACCACAAAGGAGAUUAAAUCCUACCAUGCAAGAAGUGGUACGAAAGGAAGUGGUAAAAUUAGUCAAUGCAGGUAUUAUUUAUCUUAUCUUUGAUAAUUAUUGGGUUAGUCAUGUGCAAGUAGUGCCUAAGAAAGGGGGAAUGACUAUAGUGAAGAAUGAAAAUAAUGAGCUUAUCCCCACUAAGAUGGAAGACCCUUACUUGUACAAACUAUGUGCAUAUCAAGUUGUUAGAAAAUGUGUGCCAAAAGAAGAGAUUGGAGCUAUUUUGAGUCAUUGCCAUGAUAGAGAAACCGGAGGGCAUUUCGGGGUUAAUCGCAUAGCAGCAAAGGUGUUGCAAUCAGGUUUUUAUUGGCCCACUGUGUUCAAGAUGCUCAAAGUAGAUUACGUUUCUAAAUGGGUGGAGGUAAUUGCCACCAAAACUAAUGAUUCUAGAAUAGUACUGCAAUUCCUUAGGCGGAAUAUUUUCACUGGAUAUGGAACUCCCAGGGCAAUCAUUAGUGAUAGUGGAAAACAUUUUUGUAAUCACCAAUUUAAUGCACUCUUAAAGAAAUAUGGAGUCACACAUAAGGUAGUCACUCUCUACCAUGCCCAAACCAGUGGUCAAGUAGAGGUCUCUAAUAGACAGCUAGAACGAAUUUUAGAAAAGACUGUUAGUGCCUCUAGAAAAGAUUGGGCGGCAAAGUUAGAUGAUGCUUUAUGGGCAUAUAGGACAGCCUUUAAAACACCUACUGGUAUGUCACCUUAUAGGUUAGUGAGUGAGCUGGAUGAAUUUCGUCAUUGGGCAUACGAGAGUGCUAGUUUGUAUAAGGAGAAGACAAAGAGAUGGCAUGAUAGGCACAUUGUGAAAAGGGAGUUCGAGCUAGGACAACAAGUUCUUGUUUACAAUAGUCAUCUUUGUCUUUUCCCAGGAAAGCUGAAAUCAAGAUGGACGGGUCCAUAUGAGUCUACUCCCGAGGACUUGGAAAAUGACACUCUAAUAGGUUUUCACGUAGAGAAAGCUGCGCUGAACACUGAGGGUCAAGCCGUUUCAGCUCCACAAGCUCAAGCACCUGUGACUCUAGAGAAGCUCCUACAUGUAAUGCAAAGACUAGAGACUAGCAUCAACAGUGUCAAUGAUCGCCUAUUCGUUCUUGAAGCCAAAUUUGACCGCUAUAUGAGCCCAAAUUCGUGA